UGGUCUGCCUGGGCAUCACGUGGCGCUCGGCCAGAUGAUGGCGGGCGCCGGGGAAGAUUUGAGAGCCCUCUUCGGAGCUGGCGUCCGCGCUGCCCUGGAGGCCUGGCCUGCCUUGCAGAUCGCUGUGGAGAAUGGCUUCGGGGGAGUGCACAGCCAGGAGAAGGCCGAGUGGCUGGGAGGUGCGGUGGAAGAGUACUUCUUCCGCAAUGCUGACUUGGAGCUAGAUGAGGUGGAGGACUUCCUUGGGGAACUCAUGACGAAUGAGUUUGAUACAGUUGUGGAGGAUGGGAGUCUGCCCCAGGUGAGCCAGCAGCUGAAUACCAUGUUCCACCACUUCCAGAGGGGUGAUGGGACCGCUCUGAAGGAGAUGGCUUCCAGCAUCACCCAAAGAAAGUGCAGGGUUAGAGCCACCACACUUACUACAGCCAGAGAGACAGAUGAGGAUGAUGCGGACAGCGUGGAGGACAUGGAGGUCACAGCUACGAAUGAUGGGGCAGCUGCCGAUGGGGUCUGUCCCCAGCCUGAAUCCUCUGGUCCAGAUUCCCAGACUAUUAAGGAAGAGGAUAUAGUAGAGGAUGGUUGGACCAUUGUCCGGAGAAAGAAAUGAGUGGGUCUGGAAAUGGUUUGGGCCCUUAUUUGCUAGUUGUUUUGAGAUUUUUUUCAAGGCUUGUGGGCCUUUGGACUGGUUAUCCCAUCUCCACCCUCUCCCUCUUCCCCUGUCAAGCUUCCUCCAGGGGAAGAAGAGCCCUAGCGUCCUUGGUCUUGGGGUGAUAGGACCUGGUUAACCACACCUCCUAGGGCUAUAAGUUACCAUCUGAAUGAUGAAUGAGGCCUGGUUUCCCAGCUCAGUGCCUUGAGUGCAGUCAGUGGGAAGAUAGAAGGAUGAGUGGGUGUGGCUGUGGCUGAAGAAGCUGAAUGCUGUUUGAGAGCAGGCAGGCAGAUUUAUAAAGGGAGAGGACCAGCAGAACCAAUACUUUUGCUGGGUCAGGAAUAGUGAGAUGAACAUGCAGCAGGGAGAGAGAUGCAUUGAUGAUGUGAAUGAAAGUUAUGACACCUCUCGUACUUCCCUGCUACACACACACACACAGCAGGAGCAGCAGCAGCUCUGUACCCCUGUUAAGAAACUGGAACCUCCCAGGGACACUCCCUUCUUGCAGCCCAGCCUCCAGCCCUGGGUUCCUGCGGGAAUUCUAAGACCUUGGCAAGGUGGUGAGCUUGGGUGACCUGGGCUUUGUUUUUUGUUUCCUCCAACCUCUUUCUAAACUCUUCAUCCAAUUCCAUCGAAGUCCAGGGAUGAGGCCUAAAACCUGAAUAAAUAACACCUUAAUGUUUAA